CGACAUAUUAUAGAAGUCUUCCGCGCAUGACCCAUAGAUGUUAUUUGGUCUGAAAGGAAACCCCAAACCCCAGUUUAACAGUGAAUUGAAACACUGAGGAGACUGACGGAUCAGAAAGCCAUUCGGAAUAUUAGUAGGCCUCUUAUUAAAAUUUGAAUAUAAUAAUAAUAUACUUUUUUACUUUUUUCAUUCCUCUUACUUUUUGUAUUACUUUAUGAUAACUGAAUAAAUAGAUAAAAAACCUUCCGCACUUGACUUGAUCAGGUGACCCAGAAGUGCUCCAUUUGGUCGCACCGGAUGUUGAACUAUCAGCUGAUCGUGGUGUUUUUGAUGGAAGUUGCUGGUUGGAAGAGUCCCCCCUUCUCUCUUUAUUAUCUUGCUUACACGACAAAGGCUUAACGGACUGAACAACAACUGCAACGUAACUCAGCACAGCCAUUAAAUUCAGAGGAAGUUCACCGUUAACAAGUAACAAAGAGUUCUGUGUUCAAAAAGCGGUCAGCUUUCUGUCAGUUAAAGAAGGAAAACAACAUUGACGUUAGCUGUCGGGUUUUCUGACACUGUGACGUUUGCUAACAUUGGCUAGCUAUGUUGUUUAUGCUGUGGUUUGACGAACUGAGCUGAUAUAACCAAGUCUAAGAAAAAUAUUUAUUGAUGUUGUGCCAGUACAUGAGUUGCUUUUAAAUAUUAUAUUGUUUAUGGAUCGCUAGCCUGGCACUCGAACAGUAACGCCAGUUAACCUUAAAGUAAUAUAAGCUAACUUACGUGUUAAGAAUUCGAGGCUCCCUUUAGCAAGGUGGAAAGCUAACUUGUGUUUUAUGCUAUUGACAGUCGUCAAGAAAAUUGACUAUUAUCGAAACGCUGAUCAAAUUAUAAUCCUCUUUCUGUUGUUUCGUUAGACAUAUCUGAAUACAGUUUGCUGGCGAUUGCUUGUGGAAGAACAACAACCUGUAACCAGUGGCUUUGUUCUUUAUCCAACCGACCUGUCUGUUGCUAUUCCUUAAAGUCCUUAAAGUCCUUUUCACUCACAGAUUGUCAAAUUGACAAUUUUUAUUUGUGAGGUGUAUUUGUGUGUAAUAUUUAUAACUAUGGUCCUUGUUUCUGUUUUAUAAGUGUACAUAUAUUAAACAGCUAGUUAAUUUAUUGUUGGUCGUACUUUACUUCAGGGCUUUAAUGUAUCACUGAACAUUUUAAGAUUUUAUGAAUAGCCUAAUUCAAGGGUUAUAUGUAACUAAAUGCGGUUUCUAAGCGUGCAAUCGAAAUAGAUAGCUAACAUUACGUUAGUAAUAGGAUAGGGUUUUGGGCAGGAAAGAAGGUACAGAUCUGGCACAGUCAGAAUAUCUGGUUGAAACCAUUUCCAAUCCGCCAAUGCUGGAUCUGGAAGUCGUCCCUGAGCGAUCUUUGGGAAAUGAACAAUGGGAAUUCGCAUUAGGGAUGCCAUUGGCCCAAGCCAUUUCUAUUUUACAAAAACACUGCCGCAUCAUCAAGAAUGUCCAGGUUCUCUACAGUGAACAAACACCACUUAGCCAUGACCUCAUUCUCAACUUGACUCAGGAUGGAAUCAAACUGUUGUUUGACGCCUGCAAUCAGAGACUGAAGGUUAUUGAAGUUUAUGACUUGAGCAAGGUGAAACUGAAAUACUGUGGAGUACAUUUCAACUCUCAGGCUAUAGCACCUACAAUCGAGCAGAUUGACCAGUCCUUUGGCGCAACACAUCCUGGUGUUUACAAUGCCGCAGAGCAGCUCUUCCAUUUAAACUUCCGAGGCCUGUCGUUCUCCUUCCAGCUGGACUCAUGGAAUGAGGCCCCUAAGUACGAGCCUAACUUUGCCCAUGGCUUGGCCUCCCUGCAGAUUCCUCACGGCGCCACAGUCAAACGGAUGUACAUUUACACUGGAAACAACCUCCAGGAAACCAAGGCUCCAGUGAUGCCCCUGGCCUGUUUCCUUGGGAAUGUGUACGCUGAGUGUGUGGACGUGCUGAGAGAUGGGACUGGUCCGCUGGGUCUUAGAGUCCGCCUCCUCACUGCAGGCUGUGGACCAGGGGUGAUGGCUGAUGCUAAGGUGCGAGCUCUGGAGAGGAACAUCUACUUUGGCGACUCGUGUGAGGAUGUGCUGAGCGCUCUGGGUUCUCCACACAAGGUCUUCUACAAGUCUGAGGACAAGAUGAAGAUCCACUCGCCCUCCCCUCACAAGCAGGUGCCGUCCAAAUGCAAUGACUACUUCUUUAACUACUUCACCUUGGGAGUGGACAUACUGUUUGAUUCUACGACACACCUGGUGAAGAAGUUUGUCCUGCAUACCAACUAUCCCGGCCAUUAUAACUUUAACAUAUAUCAUCGGUGUGAUUUCAAGAUUCCGCUGGUUAUUAAAAAAGAUGGAGCAGAGGCUCCAGGGGAUGACUGCAUCCUUACCAGCUACAGCAAGUGGGAUCAGAUCCAGGAACUACUGGGACACCCCAUGGAGAAACCGGUCGUGCUACACAGGUCAUCAUCAGCAAAUAACACCAAUCCUUUUGGAUCCACAUUCUGUUUUGGACUGCAGAGAAUGAUUUUUGAGGUGAUGCAGAACAACCACAUAGCAUCAGUGACAUUGUACGGAGCACCACGGCCCAGCAGCCACACCCGAUCGGAGGCCUCCGCCCACUGAAGCCACUCCUGCCACUCUUCCUCAUCCUCUUCCUCAUCUUGCAUCACUGAGUCAUCUUCCAAUCCUCAUCCAGCGCGGUGUGCCUUUCAUCACCUGAUUCCCCUCCCCCUUCCUCAGGGGCAUGCUGGGAACUCUCUUAAAUCCCUGUGCUCCCGCGGAUUCCUUCCGGUAGGAGCACCUCCCAGCAUGUCCUCAUGCCUCCCCAGCACCUUCUUCUUAACCCACCUCCCCCUUCUAGAUGCCCAAAUACCUAGACUCUCCCCACCUUUAGCCUAAGCUACAGACCCUGUGCCCAUCAGCCCCCCUUCCCCGAGACCACGGCUCACAGAUGCAUCCAUCCGCUCCCUCCCAUCCCACCCCCACCCCCAUAAAGCACCAUAAAGCGAAGAGUGUAUAAGGAUCAGCAAACACACACACACAUACAUAUACAUACUGUGCAAAUGUACAGAAACGCAUCCACUUUAGCUAACAUACAUAUACACAAGUACAGUUCAAACAUACACACACAACCACAAAAACAAUGCUUACAUACACACACACACGCACAAAUAAGCUAUAAGAUCAUUUUCAAAUGUCUGUGUCAAAAAAAAUAACCCUUCUCAACAAGUCACACCAAAUGACGUACAAGCAUUUCGACACAACACCUUUGGCAGACAUGCUGAGGGUCUGCAUUGGACCUAGGAUGUGCACAGAUGUCUGUGCGACAUGAACAGGCGGGGAAAGUGUUCCUUCUUGCGAAGCAGCAAAAACAAACCAGAAGAGUACAAGCACAAAUGAGCUGCUUCCUUUUUGCAGUGUUGUUGGGCACCUGGCACAUGAGCAUCCUCUUUCUCACACACACACACACACACACACACACACACACACACACACUCUCAGACACAGACAUACAUGCGCUUAGGCCAAGUCAACAGCACGGGUCAUCUCCAGUUGCAGGGCAGUGCAAGCACUAACUUUACUUAAGGUCCUGAGUUGGCAUUUAUCUACAUGUUUCCUCGCAAAGGAAAGCUGACUUGUUUGUUAUCCAUUGUUGUUUUUAACAUUUGCACUAAAACAAACACACACACACACACACACACACACACACACACACACACACACACACACACACACACACACACCUUAUUUACUUGAUAAUUGUCUCUCUUCCACUGAGGAACGUGUGUUUAAUUGACUGUUUCUGUGAGACAUGACGAGAGUGGGGGGAGGGAGGAAGAGCACAAGAGAGUUGUUGUUGUUUUCUUUGUUUUCUUUUCCCCGUGAUCUACUUCCUGGUGCUUCACUCCAUCUGCCCCGUCUCCUCCCCCAUCUGCCCGCUGUCCUGCCCCAUCUGCCCCGUGUCCUGCCCCCUCUUUCACAGCUUCCCCCCUGUCAUAGCUCAGUUAGCAUCGCUAGCCUAGAUUGCUCUCUUCUCUCUCUUUUUUUUUUUUAAAGCUGUAGUUCUCUCAUUAAUUGCCAAAAUGUUAGCCAAAGAUGUUUAAACCAUUCACUUUAUUAUAACAAAAAAAAAGAAAUGAAAUCCUAUUUGAGCUUGACCUUUGGAGCCCAUAGAUGGUAACAUUCCCUCUUACCUAGACUUCCUUCCGUCAUCUCCAUUUUUAAUAACGACUACAUUCUAACUCUCUUAACCGUGCAUAAGUACUUUUAAAAUAGGUAUGUUAAUGAUUAUUUUAUGACGGCUUAGUGCUCUUUUGUCAUUCAGAACUUUAAUAUUCUCAUACGUAUGAUUUUUACUAAGAAACAGCCGUCUGUUCCAUCUGUAGCAGGUAGUUUGAGGUGGGAAAAGGUCGCCCUCUGCUGGUGUUCAGUGUAUGUACAGACUUGUGUAUAUAGAAUGCUCGUAUCCUUUCUUCUGGGCUCUUCCGUUCCUAAGGUGAUUGUACUGCUUGGAGUUGGGUGGGUGGACAGUAGGAGUAUCUGGGAGCAGUAGAGGCUUAUUGCAGUGUCUGAGCUCUUUUGUCUCUGGUCAAACAGACGGGGAGGGAGCUCACGCUCUCCUGUUCUCUUUGUACCGAGCUCACAUCUGACCACUAGCUGGACAGGAUUUAAAGCCAGCAGAAUAAACAGUGGAAACAGUGAGCUAUUACUGUAAGUGGAGUGUCUGGCCUUGUGUGAGGAUUGCCCUGUAAAACUCUGUGAAUUCUACAGACUAUGUGUCAUCACUUGGCCCAUUGUGUGUGUGUGUGUGUGUGUGUGUGUGUGUGUGUGUGUGUGUGUGUGUGUGUGUGUGUGUGUGUGUGUGUGUGUCACACAGACCUAGGCAUGGGCCCCCUCCUGUGUGGUUUUGUGUGCAGAAACUGGGCCGCAUGUUAAGGUGACUCAUUUUCAGGUCACUCCCAGAGCGAUUUACUUCGUGGCACACUAUGACAUCACUUCCUCCACUACUGCCCAAUGUUUCCCACCACUGUAUAAAUCUGUGUUUGCAAAGAUGCCAGGCUUUUGGCUCUUUUAAAUAGUUUACAUGCAUUCUGUUACAUUUCCCUUCUGACGAGCUUCAGCUCAGCCCUCUCUUUCUUUUUCUCUCUUUCCCCUGUCCCCCCCUCUGUUUGUUUUAUUUCAUUUUGGCCCCGCGCUUUACUUUUCUAAUAAGCAAAACAGUUGAACGAAGUAGAAAAAAAUAAAAACUAGCGUGACGCUGUAAACUGUGCCUCAUCUCCCACUAACUAGCCUCUCUUCUCUGUAAAAAAAAAAAAAAAGAUCAAAUGAAAUGUUUUUCAGCUGCAUUGUGCUUGACUGAGCAUGUAAAGCUAAUGUGAUAGACCCUGUUGAUCUGUCAUAGUCCUCUUGCUCCAACAUCAACAAAAACAAAAAAGAAGAUACAGAUUCAAAUGAAAAACAAUUUCAUUUUAGGAAUAAGGACAAGACCAUGGGAUAUUUGACAGAGGUCCUGAACUUCUGUCAUGUGGAACCUGUCAUGUGUGUCCCAAAUCCGUUCAGGAUUCGUGUUAAUUUGCAGUUAUCUGAUUUCUACAUUAGCAAAUUCAGUUACUCUGUUGGCUGUAAGUGUCUUUGGUGCUGGGCACUCAAUAAAACAUAUGUAAUAGUUUGGACAUGAAAUCUCUGCCUUUUGCUAACAAGUAGCCCCUCUGCCAGCUUUUUUAUGACCUGAGAUUCACGUACUGGUGGGUGUUGUGGUUUUUCAUUGGAAUAUAACAAGACACUUCCCAAAGACUGGUGUUAAAGUUCUUCUGUCCGCAACACUUUCUAACUGUACGUCGUAGGCAAAUUGUUCCUGUUUGAUCAUAAACAGUGUGACCACUGUUGUGAUUGUCUGGAGAAGAAAUGUAACUGUUUUGUGUGUCUAGUCGCGCGAUGGGCAGAAACUGAUGCCCAGUCUCAGGUGGAUUGUGUUUCAUAACAGGAGCAGAGGAAAUGCUUAAUUCUCAUCAGAUGAGUUCAUCCUCUAUGUAUGUUUUUGCAUUGGAAUGAAUGAAUGAAUGAUUGUCCUCAAGAUUGUAAUUAGUUAUGGACGUGUAAUGCCGCAUAUUAAUGCUAUGUAUUGUAACCCCCCCCCAGUAUAUAGUGUAUCUCCCCAUCCCCUGACCCCCUCCCCCCAUCCUUAAAAUGUAUUAUUUUUCUGCGUGAGUCCAGUACGUUCUACCCAUUUCUGGAAAUGGGAUUAUCCUUCAUUAAAAAUUGUGAAUCAAAAUGUA